AUGUUUAAUGUAUUCUCAGCAGCCUUUUUAGACAAUAACUCGAACAAUUUUAAUAGUAUUAAUAAGCCCAUUAAUAAUAAUAUAAAUAAAAGUACCAAUUUAGCUAGAUCUAUUUCAACAAAUGUAAAUAAUGAAAAUGACAGAAGCAAAAAUUUGCCAUUAAAAGACAGAUUAGCCACAGUGAGGAAUGCCCAAAACAUUCUGAAUAAGAAAAAUUUAAAUAAGACAGAUGAAACAAACAACAGCGGAAAUAAUAAUGAUGGCCUGAAUACCAAUAAUAGUGGUAACAAUAAUGAAGAGAAAAAUGUUGCAAGCAAUAGUAAUGCCAACUUAAACGAAAAUGAAGAAAAUGAUGUAAAUAAAGCAGGAUGCUCCACUAUUGAGAAUAAUUUGGGAAAAUUUAAAAAUUAUUCUAGUGUCGUGAAUGAAAAAAAAAAUGAAGAACUAGAGAAAAAAUUAAAAAAGAGAAAACGUAGAAGAAAACAUGUAAUAUUAAUGGAAAGGAUGAAACAAAAAGAAAAGGAAAAAAGAAGACAAAGGGAAAUGGAAUAUCAUCAAAAUAACGAUGAAGAUGAUGAAGGACAUGGGGAGGAAGGCGAAAAUGAAGAACGCAAUAAUUACAAAGUGGUAGGAAGACGUGGUAGGCCAUCUAAGCAUUCAAAAAACAAAAUGAAAGAAAAAUUACAUCAAGAGGAAGAAGAUGAAAAGGAAGGGUAUAAUGACGAUGCGGACGAAGAUGACGAUGAAGAAGGGAAAUAUAAUAAUAAAAGCAAGGAUGCGGAAACGAAUUUUUCCAAUAAAUUUUACAAUUCAGGAACUAAUGAAAGGGGCACAACGAAUAUGCACACCCUAUCUUUCAGAAAAAAUAUGAAUAAUAAUUCGAAUACAAACAGAAUUGAUAAUAACGAUGCAGGAUUAAAACCAAAAAGAAAAAGACGGAAAAAGAAAGAAAUGGAGGAAUAUCGAGCACGUUUAUUAAAAGAAAAAAUGCAACAACAAAAUUCUUUGAGCAGCGUUUUAACUAAAACGAACAGUUUUAAUAAUAAUGGAAAAUUUAAUAACAACAAUAAUGAAAGUAACACACAAGGAGAAGUUAAAGUAAAAAGAAAGAGGGGAAGACCGAAAGCAAGUGAAGUUGCAGCCAUGAAGAGUUCUAAUGAUAAAUUAAAACAAAAUGACAUAAGAAAAUAUUGUAGCAAGAAUAGCGACAAUCAAAGUAUGAAAAGGGGAGGUAUGCAAGGACAAAAUAAAGGAGAAGGAGGAGGAAAUAAUGAAGAAGAGAAUAAAAACGUUUUUAAAAUAAUUAAAACGACUAUGCAGGAAAAUACUGCAUUCGUAAAAAAAUCUCCAACUGAAAUAAUAGAAUUAGAAAAAAUUUAUAAAAAUAAUAUAAAAAAAGGCGUUACUUGCAUACCUUUAAAUUAUCAGAGUAAGGGAGGAGGAAUGGCAAUUAUAUUAAUAGGUGCAGGAAUAACGUAUGGUCCUGUAAAGAACUCCUACGGUUUUAUGACAUUUCUUGUUCUAGAUUGUCAUUCAAAUAAUUUAUUUAUUGAUACAGGAAUAAAAAAUAAUGUUAUUGAAUGUGAAAAGCAUAUGCAAUUGUUAAUUAGCCCAGGUGAUAUGUACAUGUUUAAAAAUCAAAGUCAGGAGGUUGAGGCGCGGUUAUUACUAAUAGUGUGUAACAAAAUGAAUCAGCCAUUUGAUGCGAAAAUGCAUAUAAAGGACCCAGAAAUUAAUACCCAUAAAUAG